ACAUCCAGGGGUGGACUGACCAUUUGGAAACUCGGGCACUGCCCGAAGGCCCAGGGUCAAUAGGGGGCCCCAUGAGAUGCCCCUGGUACCUUUUUCAUAGGCUUUUUUGAGUUUGGGCAAGGACACAGGGGCCCCAUGAUCCCUUAUUGCCCGGGGGCCCCAUGAGUUGUCAGUCCGCCCCUGCUCACAUCCAUGCUAUUGCUGUUCACCUCCAUAUCAUAGGAGUUAGCUGCUUCUCUGAUUCAAACCCUUUCAAUCCCCUGAUG